AAAUGAAUGAAUGGUAUAUCAAGAAGCUACAGUUCUUAAGCCUCAUGUAUGGCGUUUAUGGUCCAAUUCAUCAAUAAUAAGAGGCUUCAUUCUAUCCAUAGAGUCAUUCGACUCUACCAAGGCACUGAUUUCAAUGUCUCUCCUUCUAACGGGGAUUCCCUGGUCCAGUCCUCUUCUGCAUUUAAGACUGCCCCAGGCCUUCCAAUAACUACUUCCUUUUCACAUGGUUCAAGUUAUGUUAGGACUGCACACCACAGAGACUACAAGGGACUGAGCCCUCACUUUGAAUCACUUUCUCUUGUAACUUCAUUUUGUUCUCUUGUAAAGAGAAGAAUUAUUUUGAUUGAGCAUCAUAAUAUUCUCCUAAAAUGCCAGCAUGCUAAAUACACAAGCAAUGCAUCAGUGAUGUUGAAGACAGACAAUGAUGUCGUCAGAUUUUGUCUUGAUAAGGCACCUCCUGAUCAAAAUAGAUCCCAGAAGAAGGGGAAGAAACGAAAGAUGUCCCGGAAAGCAAAGUUGAAUGAACUCAGAUUCUAUCGCUUAAAAGCAAAAAAGAAGAUGACAUCGCCAAAUCCAGAAGUUAGGAUUAGGUACAGACUUGAAAAGGCUAAGCGAAAGGAGGCAUGGUUGAUUGAGAAACUGAGGAAAUUUGAGGUUCCUAAAGCUCCAUCUGAAACAUAUGAUCCUGAGGUUUUGACGGAGGAAGAGAAAUUUUACCUCAAGCGUACUGGUGAAAAGAAGAAGAAUUAUGUGCCAGUUGGUAGACGUGGAGUUUUUGGAGGUGUUGUUCUCAACAUGCAUCUCCAUUGGAAGAGACAUGAAACUGUUAAGGUUGUGUGUAAGCCUUGUAAACCUGGACAGGUUCAUGAAUAUGCUGAGGAGCUUGCACGGCUAAGUAAAGGCAUUGUGAUUGACAUAAAAGCUAACAACACCAUAAUAUUCUAUCGUGGAAAGAAUUAUGUGCAACCAAAGAUUAUGUCUCCUCUCGAUACCUUAUCUAAGAACAAGGCCUUGGAAAAGUACACGUAUGAACAGUCCCUUGAACACACAAGCCAGUUCAUUGAGAAGUUGGAGAACGAGCUGGAAGAGUACAAUAAGCACCUUUCCCGGUACAAAAAAGGAAAAGAGGCUGCAUCAGAAGAUUCUGCGGCUAAUAUCUGAUGGUAUUUUUCUAUCAUUGCACUUUCUACAUCCUAAAUACAUUUUGGGGAAGAAAAGGUGGAAAUAUCUCCUGAAGGUUGCCAUAGUGAGGUCAAGCAAUAGCAGUAAC